AAAUGACUGUACACCGUGGCGGCGUAAGACUAUAGUAUGUUGUUUUGGUUACGUUCUCGUAUACACGUGUUUUUGUAUACAUUUCAUUUUCGCCUUUUAACAAAAUCCCUGCAUAAUUGACAAACAAUGAGUUAUACAGAGGAAAAUGGCGAAAGUAAAAUUUUGGUGCGAUUAGCCAAUAAUCGAAUUGAUCAUACGUUGCCUGUACAGCAAGAUCCUCGCACAGCAUUUUAUACUCCUGGAGAGGAGAUAUCAACUCAGCCAGAUUUUUUGAGAGGUCAUGGAACCUAUAUGGAUACACAGCAAGUUUUACGAGCAUCAGUUGCUGGCAACCUUGAACGAGUGAACAAAUUGAUAUCUGUUAGACCUUAUAAAACACGCUAUCAAGGAGAAAUUGGAGAUGUUGUUAUUGGUCGUAUAACAGAAGUUCAACAAAAAAGAUGGAAAGUUGAUACCAAUGCAAAACUUGACUCAGCUUUAUUACUUUCUAGUGUUAAUUUACCUGGAGGAGAAUUGAGGAGAAGAUCUGCUGAAGAUGAGCAAGCUAUGAGGCGCUAUUUGCAAGAAGGUGAUGUUGUGUGCGCAGAGGUCCAGAGUAUAUUUGCAGAUGGCUCUUUGUCAUUGCAUACAAGAGUAUUAAAAUAUGGAAAAUUAUCACAAGGUAUCAUGAUGAAGUUAUCACCGUCUAUGAUCAAAAGACAAAAACAACACUUUCACAAUCUAGCUAAUGGGGCAGUGUUGAUAUUGGGCAAUAAUGGUAAUGUAUGGAUUGGAGCUAGUCAGUCAGGUCAAGAUUCUUCGCAAGGAGGGUUUACUCAGGAUUAUUCAAGAAUUGACCAAGAAAACCGUGAAGUUUGUGCAAGAUUGCAAAAUUGUAUACGUUGCCUUGUUAAAAGCAACAUACUUUUAUCAGAUACAUCGGUUACUUAUGCUUAUGAAGAGUCAAUGAAGUAUGAAAUAAAAGAACUCAUACAAGAUGAAGUUCAAUUUAAUGUUGCUUUGCUGACACAUCAGCGGCUGGUUGCAUAAAAAUUUAUGAAUAAUUUUUAUCAGUCAAAUAAAGUUAAGCAAUCUGUCACAGUUAA